ACCGCAGGGUUACCACGCAGCGCAUGCCGGGAGCUGUAGUUCUCCCCUCCACAGAAGUGCGCAUGCGCAGACGGAGCCGCCAUGCCGGAGGGGAAGGCAGCGUUCCAGGAGGUGCUGCCCAAGCAAGGGCAGCUGUCGGUGGAGGACACGGCAUCCAUGGUGCUGUGCAAGCCCAAGGUGCUGCCGCUCAAGUCGGUGUCGCUGGAGAAGCUGGAGGCGCUGCAGCGGGCGGCACUGGAGGCGGCGGCGCGGCAGGCUGAGGAGGCACCGCAGCCUCAGCCCCAGCCCCAACCGUAGCCCAGGCCCCGAAGAGGGGGCCGGUGCCCUGCGGUGUCCGUGACUCGGAGCUCACAGUUUUUCACUGUCACCAACAUGGAUCGUUGUGACACCUGAAGCUUCCAUCUCAGUACUGCACUGAUCCCUAGCAAGCAGAUCAGCAGAACAGAGGAGAAGCAGGCGUUCAUCCUCUGGAGAGCACACAGGCCUGCAACAGACUCAUUGGAGGCUUAUUUUCCUCAACUAUUUAUCCCAUAACAGGAUAACCAUAACACCUUAAUAAACUUUUUACCAGUCCA